AGCCCGCCGCGAGAGGCGAACCUUCCCGCCCCCCCAAAACCCCCAACCCCCCUCCCGUCCCCUCUCGACCUCGCGAUUUCCUUCAGGGGGUUUCCGCCUCCGAGCCUAUCGGAACCAUGGCCACCGUCGCUCCUCCUCCGUCCGCGAAUCAAGCUGCAGAUUUGCUUCAGAAGCUGGCGUUAGAUGCUCAGCCCAAGACUCUGGAGAUCCCGGAACCGACAAAGAAGACUUCUGCUAAUCGUUUGGGAUCUAUCACUAAUGGCAAGGGUGCAAAUGGUCAGAUCCAGCCAUACGAGCCGUCUGUGACACCAACGUUGCCUGAUUUUGAACCCACGAUGUGCUUUGUCCCUACUGGUUAUCCACCCCAUGCCUAUUACUAUGGAGGCUAUGAAGGGACCGGUGGUGAGUGGGACGAUUUCUCGAGAUAUGCAAAUACCGAAGGAGUUGACAUGGCUUCUGGAUUUUAUGGGGAGAAUGGGUCUCUUAUGUACCACCAUGGCUAUGGGUUUGCACCUUUUGCCCCCUAUUCACCUGCUACUUCCCCGGUUCCUGGAAACGAUCAGACUUAUGGGACGCAGCACUACCACUAUCCAUCUCCUUAUUAUCAAUCUAUGACUCCAACCCCUACUCCAUUUACUACAGGCGUUGCUGCGCCUCCAUCAGUGGAGCCUGUGACUUCUGCAGCUGGUGACCAAAAGCCUUUGCCUGCCGAAACAGUCAAUGGAAACUCCAAUGGUGCCACGAAAGGGGCAGUAAAAGGAAACAACAAGUCGAUUCCUUCAAAAAUGUCAAAGCAGAAACCACCCUAUAAUACAAACGGUUCAUUUGGAAGGGGUUCUCUGCCUGGUGGCAUGGCUCCUGGGUGCCAGGAUCCUCGCUUUGGAUUUGACUUGUGCUCCCCUUUUCCAUUCUUUGAUGGCUCAGUAUUUUCAGAUGGGCAACUAGGGCCAGUGGCUAACACUGCGAUGAUGAAUUCAUUCAUAAAUCCCAACGAGGGUUCUGCCAGAAAUCAGCAUGGUCAUCCUAAUUCAAAUUUCCCGGGUUUGCACCACACAAGACCAAUAUCUGGCAUGGGGGUAGCCAAUGGAUUCAUGAAUGGGAUGUACCCUCGCAAGUUGUAUGGUCAGUAUGAUAGCACGAUGAGAUCGAACAUUGGAUUUGGGCGUGGUUGGUCAGUUGAUAACAAGUACAAGAACAGGGGGAAUGGCAAUGUCUACUGGGGUCAUAGUCAUGAUAAUACGGAUGGUUUGAAUGAGCUGAACAGAGGGCCAAGAGCUAAGGAUUCCAAGAAUCAGAAGGAUUUCACAUCUGUUAUGGCUGUUGAGGGGAAGAAUUUACCCUCAAAUGGAGAUAAUGCUGAGAAGGAGAAUAGGUCGAGCGUGAUUCCUGACUGCACACAGUACAACAAAGUUGAUUUUCCUGAAGACUAUGAUGAUGCUAAGUUCUUCAUCAUUAAGUCUUACAGUGAGGAUGAUGUCCACAAAAGUAUAAAAUACAAUGUUUGGGCCAGCACACCAAACGGUAACAAGAAGCUUGAUGCAGCAUAUCGGGAGGCUCAAGAGAAAGCUGGCGGAUGCCCUGUUUUCCUCUUCUUCUCUGUCAACACCAGUGGACAGUUCGUUGGCCUUGCAGAAAUGGUUGGCCCUGUUGAUUUCCACAAGAAUGUCGAGUACUGGCAACAAGACAAGUGGAUGGGCUGCUUCCCUGUGAAGUGGCACAUUGUAAAAGAUGUGCCUAACAACUUGCUGAAGCACAUUACUCUUGAAAACAAUGAGAACAAACCCGUUACAAACAGUAGGGAUACCCAGGAGGUCAAGUUACCACAUGGUCUUAAAAUGAUAAAGAUAUUCCAAAAUCACCUGGUCAAAACUUGCCUUUUGGAUGAUUUUGAGUUCUAUGAAAAUCGUCAGAAGGCAAUUCAAGAGAAAAAGGCAAAGCAGUUGCAAUUUCAGAAGCAGGUGUGGGGAGGAAAGCCUACCGGCGAGAAGAAAGAGAUGGUUAAUGGGGAGCUAAAACCACAAGAUGAGGUUGCCGCAGGUUUCACCAAUGAAAGUACCCAAAAUUGUGUGAAUGGGGAUCUGAAGCAUACUGCCAAUGGUGGAAUAACUGAAAAAACAGUGGAUGACCCGAAUAGCGCAAAAGUUGUAGCUUCGGAAAAGAAGGCUGUACCAAAUGGAGUUGCAAAUGCUUGCUGAUCAGAGCUUCUUGUGAGGGUGUUUCUCGCUGGAAUUUUAUUGGCAGAGGAUUCUCCAUGGAAACAUCCAACAGAAGCAGGAUAGUCAAUUCUUCGUCGGAACUCUUGCAAGCCGGACUGCACCUAAUUUUGGAAUGUCUAUGCAGCAUUGAGGCAUGAGGGGUAUCAUUAUUGGUCAAGCAGUUGAAUCUGGCAGUAGUUUGGGAUCGGGUACCCUUGGUUGAUACUUGAGGUUUCUCUUGUAGGUGUUAAGCUCCUAAUCACUUUUUGCUCUCUAGGAGACUAGAAGUUGGGGGUCGAGGAUUAUUAUGUUUUUUAUAUGCUUUUAUAGGGCUUCCUUUUCUUUUGCCUUUUUUCCCCUUUUUUCUCUUCUUGUUCUUCUUUUACUUGUUUGGUUCCUAUCUUGUGAAUCUAGGAGUGAUGACUUAAGCUUCGUGCCAUCAUAAUAUGAAGCUGCUUGUAUUUUUGGGUUUUUGGAGAUCGAGAAGCAAGGUGGGAAUGUAAUGUCCAUAUAAUCCGAUUUCAUCCCCAAGAAGUUUUUCAUA